AUGGCACCAUACUUGGCAAAGGCUCAAGAAAUGCUGCACAACUUCCAAAAAUUCACUAUUCUGCAAGUGCCGAGGGAACAAAAUUCCAAUGUGGACGCCCUGGCAAAGCUAGCUACCACCAAAGACGUUGAAUUAAUGAGCGUGGUCCCCAUCAACUACUUGGAUUCUCCGAGUAUCAUGGCUCCAAACGAGGUGGAAACAGUACAACCCCAAGAUGGGUGGAUGGAGCCGAUAAUUAAGUACCUCGUCUCCGAGGAGUUGCCCCAGGACAAGAAGGCUGCCCGGAAGUUGCUAAUCCAAGUGCCGAUGUAUAUAAUUAUGGAUAAUAGGCUUUACAAGCGAGGCUAUUUGUUGCCCUUGCUUCGGUGCAUGUCCAGGAAAGAAGCCAGUUCAGUACUGCGAGAGGUACAUGAAGAUUUCUGCGGUAAUCACGCCGGGGGGAAAAGCCUUUCCAAGAAGAUAUUAAGACAAGGAUAUUUUUGGCCCACCAUGAAUGGGGAUGCAAUGGAUUAUGUUAAAAGAUGUGAAAAUGCUAGUGUUUCACCAACAUCCCCCGAGCACCUCCAAAUGAGCUUACUCAAAUGA